UAACUUUAAUAGGAGGUAAAUAUGGCAUCUUUUUUUGGUUGGUUGUUCGGUAUUGAUCAAGCACAGCAGGGAAUAACACAAAACGCAAGUAAAAUUGAAAGUCUAUCAAGAAAUGUAGCAACAGGUUUUGCAAAACAGACAAAUGAACUAGCAGGUCAGUUUACAGGUCUGUCAAAAGAUGUGGUAACACAAGUUGCAAGUAUAUCAGACACAACAGCAAAAGUAGCAGAACAAACAGCAGGUCUUGCAGGCAAGACAAAUGAACUAGCAGAGAAAUUCGCAGGUGUGACAGGAGAAGUUGCAAAACUAUCAGAACAGACUGCAGAAAAAUUCGCAGGUGUGACAGGAGAAGUUGCAAAAUUAUCAGAACAGUCAGCAGAAACUGCUGAACAACUUGCAAAUGUAACAGACGCGCUAGUGAGUGCAGAGCAAACAAAGAUGGCAUGUGUUAUAGUUGCUGGUGUUAUGGCGGCAAUUUUAGUUGCUUUUGUUAUAUGUUUAGUACAUCAAGGAAUAAAGGCUGAAAAGGAAAAAAAGAGUUCGCAUGUAAGUACAGACACUGUAGAAAGUGCAUCUGUUAAUCAGCCAAAGAUAUUAGAAGAAGAUCUUAUUAGUUUGUCAGACACAGAGUCUGAUAUAGGUAAUGUGACAGAUCCUCAUCUAAGUUUGCACACUCCUUCUAUUUUAGUGGCAGCUUAAUUAAUCACUUAAAAAAAAAGACAGCACCACCAGCUUUUUAAUGUCAUUCCAGUUAAUUGGAGUGACAUUAAGAUAUCCCACCAGGCAAACAUAAAAUUUUCUAUAAAUUAAUAAAAAACUCAAUUUUUCC